GGAUUUCUGGCAGAUUUUGAAGAUAACAAGCAAGCUGUAAAGCGACCUAGGCGACCAUGUCUGGCGAAGAUGCGGGUGUUGCUGCGGAAGUGGCAGCGAUCAUGUCCAAAGAAGCAGACCAUAAGUCACAGUACGAAAGGCUGCUCGCGCUGAUGGAAAAACUUUUCCCGCAAAAGAUCAGCACGGAAGCAGAUGUAGUGCCGCUGGUGACACUGAUGAAAACAGUAAUUGCGAUUGAAGCAGGAAGUCAGGUGGUCUCAAGACAGCUGAUUACUGCUGUUGUAAGCAAGGUAGAGUCAUACAAAUCAGAUGAGAAAUCGCUAAGGCUUCUGGCUGAGGCUGUUUUGGGCGUUCUUGACACGACCAGUAUUGCUUUUGAUGAACAGAAAUGCACCAUCCGCACAAUUCUGGCAGGUCUGCAUGAGGGAGCUGGGCGUUUUGUGGAAGCUGCAGAAACCUUGAGGAAGAUCUCUACGGAUAGUGCUCAAAGACCCUGCUCACCCGCCCAGAAAAUGGCUCUUUAUCUUCGUAUCGGUCGUUUACUGCUGGAUAGCGGUGACUGCGCUGAAGCCGAGCAGUAUGUAAACCGUGCCAGCUUAUUGCAGACUGAGAAAGACUGCGAGAGUUUCAAUGUAGAAUAUAAGGCUAUUUAUGCGCGGGUGUUGGAUGGACGUCGCAAAUUUACGGAUGCCGCACAGCGUUAUCAUGAAUUAUCCUUAGUUAACGAUUUACCUGAAGCUGAUCAGAAAACUGCGCUUUCGCGAUCUAUAACAUGCACAAUUCUUGCUGCUCCUGGUUCCGCUCGAUCUCGAAUGCUGAAUACACUUUUCAAAGAUCCACGUGCUGCUCAACUUCCAUCGUUUCCCCUUCUCGAAAAAUUGUAUUUAGAUAGAUUGAUCAAAGCGAAUGAGCUUGUGGAGUUCGAGCGAGAACUGCAGCCUCAUCAGAGAACUAAUGAGCAUGGUCAGUCAAUUGUUGAGGGGGUCAUCGUUGAGCACAACAUGACCGCUGUAUCGAGACUCUACAACAAUAUUGCUCUUCCGACGCUGGCCGAAUUGUUAGGUAUAUCUGUGGAAAAGGCCGAAGAGAUUGUCGCGCAAAUGAUCUCAAGCGAAAGGCUUGCGGGUCACAUCGAUCAGCUUGAAGGAUUUGUACAUUUUGAGCAACGCGAUCCACUGAAACUCUGGGACGAGCAAAUCAUGUCGUUUUGCCAGUUGGUCAAUAAAGUCAGUGACAUGAUUGUGCAACAACAUCCGGAAUUGGCACGAUGAAAUUCUUAAGCAAGGAUUAGGUUCGAAUGUGUGAAAGGCCGGUGAAGGUCAACAUGGUGGCAUCAGACUACCUGUUUCAUGUUAUUUUUAGUAGCAUGUUCAGUGACCGCUAUUGUUGUCAUUUGUUGCUAUUUGUCCACAGUCUACGUGUAUUUAUGUAAUCCUUUUUUUUUCAACGCUAUUCUGUAAUCUGAAUUUUUUUGUAUUUUUGUACAGCUUUUGCCAAAUAAAUCAACAAACGA